CACUAUUGGCCAGUGAAAUAUUAAAUAGACGCUGUCUACGGAUUAUGGUGUUAUCUGAUGGAUGUAGACAGUGAUUUGACAGAGAAAAUUGUUAUUGUAAAUUUUUUGAAAUUAAAUUUUUAUUCAAAUAGUAAGGAUUUUAUUAAGUGUGAAAGGGAGAGUUUAAGGGUAUGAAAUUGUGAAGUGUUUGAUAACAUUUGAAGUGAUAGUACUAACAUCCUGUCAGUGGGGUGAUUUAUUACAGACAGCCAACAUUGAAGUGUGAGGAAAGGAUUUUUUGCAACUGGAGGUUUUGUGUGGUUGAUAGUUGACUGACAGGAAGCCUUUACAGAGUACAAUAUACCUGGUUCCCGAUGGAUGACAAGUUUUCGCUUCAUUUAAAGUUUAUUUAAAAAGUGCAUUUCAACUGAAUCCUGCAGUGUCAAAACAAUAUACAACGGGCAGCCAAAUGAAACAAGUGAGUUCACAAACAUUGGAACCCCUUCUCCCUCUGGUUUAGUACACCUUGGAUAGAGCAACCAUCAGGUUGGAGAUACCAGGAUCAGUGUAAGACUUACAGUUGGUUGUACCAGUCCAUGGUAAACCUUAAGGCUAUACACUCUACUGGCCAUUGAUGUUGAUGAUAGUGCCAUUGGUGUAUUGCUGCUGUGUGAAAAGUGGCGGUUAUAGGUGCUAGCUGAUAAUGUGAUACUUCAAAAUUAUUCCGGAAACUGUGGAUAUUAAAAAACCAAACACCAACUGUUAAUACAAGUGGAAUAAGUGAAUGUAUUUUGAAUUGCUACUGGUUUUUCUAAGAGCUUAGUAAGGUGUACUUGAAAACAAUUGGAUGAACUGUGAGAUUUAUUUAUUUUGAUAAAGUUUUCGGAUAAAAAAUUGAUAAUUCCAUUUAUCUGUGUCUGGACUAGCAUCUAUUUGUGUGCAGUGAAAGAUUUUGUGGAUAUUUCAUAUGAUUGAGCAGCAACAAAUGAAGCUUGGACCACCAGUUGUUGCAGUCAAUUUAGAGGGGAUUUUACAACAUAUUUGGAUAUUUACUGUUGUUAUCAGGAAAUAAAAGAGCGAACUAGAAGAUUUUUAAAGUUUAACUUUAUUAGGUAAAAUAAAAUUGUUGUUUUUUUAAAGAGGGAGUGGAUAAAAUCACAUACUGGUUGCAAUCAAAUAUGUACAAUUGUUUUCUAAUAGAGUGGAUUUAAAAUAUAUAUAGAUUGUAAUAAUAUGAAACACUGUAUGGAAACUACCUGAUCAGCUUCUGUGAUAUUAAGCCAGAAAUAGUGUCAAGUAUUCAGGCAUUGAAAAUAAUCUUACAAAAUUGAAUUCAAGAUGGAUUGUCAACCCUCAAGACUGGCUGCUUACUGGGUCUACCUGCAGUUGCUCAUUAUGACAGUGUGUGGCCUGCAGCAGUUCAGUCAGCGGCCCCAAAACCUGGACGUGAUCAAGGGCCAGAUGGCUGUCAUCAAGUGUGCCGUGGAGAACCGCAAGGGGAACAUCCAGUGGGCUAAGGGCUCAACCAACCCCAUCAUGCUAGGAUUUGCUCGUCAGAUACCCGGCUUUGGAGGUCGUUACAGCGUGAUAGGUGAUGACCGUACGGAGUUUAACCUCCAGAUUGUGAACACAGAUCUUAGUGACGAUGAUGACUUCCACUGUCAGGUGGGACCAGCUGACGGUGACCCUCCCCUCAUGGCAAAGGCUCACCUUACAGUCCUGGUCCCUCCAACUGCGCCCGAGAUUGAAAACUACGCCAGUGGGAGUCGCGUUGAGGUGAAGCACACAGAGCCUGUCCUACAGCUCACAUGCAAAUCAAACAGGGGUAAACCAGCAGCUGUAAUCAAGUGGUUUCGCAACAGCGACGAGAUAACGGAGGGUGUCGUGUACACGGCAGCGCCUAUCAGUGGGGACAAGCGUGAGGAUGCUACAAGUGUGUUGACCUUGAGACCUACGUACCCUAACGAUAACAACGUGAACGUGACGUGCCAGGCCUACAACAACGCUCUCAUAAAUGGGCCCUUGAGGACUACAGUGGUCAUCAGUGUGCUGUACCCCCCAGAUCCGCCGGUCAUUCAAGGUUAUAAGGUAGGACAAGUGGUCCGGGUGGGGGACACUGUUGCCAUGACCUGCGAGUCCAUUGGAGGCAACCCUACUGCCCAGGUCGCAUGGUACAAGGGAAGUGCCCAGGUGGACUACCUGUACCACUCAACCCCUGAGAAGGCGUACAAUGAGUUGAUACUCACCGCACAAAAGACGGACAACAAUGCCGAGUAUCGAUGUGAGGCAUGGAACCUGGUCAACGCUGCCAAACCCUUAUCUGUCACACAAACAAUCAUAGUACACUUUGCGCCCACAAAAGCCUCAAUCACAGGAACGCGAGAAGCGAAGGCGGGUGAGACCCUGACCUUGACCUGUACGACCUCCAACAGCAACCCUGCGGCAGUCAUCACAUGGAUACCACAGGGUGUCGGUGCAGCAAACAGUCGGUCCCGCACAGAGGCAUCCCCUGACGGGGGGUUCAUCACCAUAUCAGACAUCGACAUCACGCUGACCGGGCAGCAGACCAACGCCAUUUACACGUGCUCGGCUACUAAUCAUGAGCUCGGGGUGACUGUGGCCGAUACUGCCACUGUUGGCGUCCUCUAUCCUCCAGAGCCCCCAAUGAUCACAGGCUACAAUGAGGGGGAGGCAGUGAAGGCGGGCAACGUCCUGAAAAUGAGGUGCACAGCACUCAGAGGCAACCCUCCGGCUACCCUCGUGUGGAAGAAAGGUGAUGUGGAUAUGACGGAGGUUCGAAACAUGACUGCGGGCAACAUUCCGUCCCUGGAGGUCUCCAUACUGACCAAGCCUGACGACAACAACGCCAUCUACAAGUGCCUGGCGUCCAACAGGGCCACAGAAACACCCCUGGAGGCCCUGAGAAAAGUCUCAGUCCACUUUUCCCCAACGUCUGUGAACAUCACUAGCGAGCCUUUGAUAGCGCGGGCCGGUCAGCAGCUUCAUCUAACAUGCAUCUCUAGGACCAGCAACCCACCCGCUGUCAUCACAUGGAUGCACAACAACAGGCAGAUGACUGGAACCAAUCUGGGUCACACAGACGCAGAGUUUGGCGGGAAGUCUACAAAAAAUGUUUUAGAAUUCACGCCAACAUCUGCCGAUCACGAUACAGCCUAUGGUUGCCGUGCAUCUAACCUUGCUAUCCAGGAAUCCGUCCAUGAUGCCAUCACGUUGAAUGUUAGAUUCAAGCCUGAGUUUCGCGGCAAGGAGGCCAGUAUAGUGAUCAACGCCGGAGAGAGCAGGGUGGUGGACCUGUCAGCCACAGCAAACCCCUCCAACAGCACCUAUCAGCUGAAACGAGGGACAACGAUCGUCAAUCAGGGGGACAUUGGGAGUUUUUCCCUGGAAGGCGGUGUGCUAACAAUAUCUGCGAUCUCAAAGGACGACGCUGGGCAGUUCACAAUUGUGGCAAUCAACGCAGAGGGCAUGUCCUCCUUUGACUUCAACAUCAACGUUCAGUAUCCAGCAGAGAUCACAGAAGCCAAUGCAGUGGAGGGUGAUGACGGCACAUCCGUGACCCUGAAAUGUCACGUGAAGGGAAACCCCAUGGUGGCCGAGAUGGUUACCUGGAAACGAGACAACUUUGAUAUGACGCGCACGUUGAGCUCGUACGCAGACGGGGUUGGCUCCCUGCUCAUUGAGUCGCUACAGAGGAAGGAUUCGGGGUCGUUCACUUGUAUCGCUGACAACCGCAUCGGUUCCCCUGUUGAGAAGACUGUGGCUCUAACUGUGAAAUUUACCCCUGAGAUUGACAAGGCUCCAGAGUUCAACAAGGCGGCCAGCCAGACUGGGCGUACGGGGCGGCUCAUCUGUCGGGCCCAGGGCGCACCCACUGUGACCUUCCAGUGGCAAAAGGAUGGAGUGAACAUUGCGGCUGACUCUGUUAAGUAUGAAAUCCAGGAGAAAGUGACAGAGAGCAUCGAGUUUGAGAAUGUCCUGCUGAUCAAGAACGUGCAGAAGUCUGACUACGGCAUGUAUCAGUGCAUUGUGACCAAUGAGAAGGGCGAGGACAGGCUGCCUGUCGUGUUUGAUGAUACAACAAAGCCAGAUCCGCCCCGUGAUGUAGAGUUUGUCAACGCGACCCACAACAGUUUGACAGUGCGCUGGAAGGCUGGGUUUGAUGGGGGUCUCACGCAGACGUUCAGGGUGCGAUACAAGGUCACGGACAUGUCUGCUGGAUACACGUACGUCGAUGUGCUGCCCCCAGAUGCCAACAUUUUCACUGUGAAAGGUCUGUCCCUAGGCACUGACUAUGAGUUGACAGUGAUGGCCCACAAUGAGUUGGGAGGAAGUGACUAUGCAGCGGUUCCUGUGAUAGCCAAGACCUCAAAUCUGAAGCCAAAGUCAGACGUUCAGAGUGAGAAGGAGGAAGGUGAGGACAUGCCAGUGAUUAUCAUCCUCGUUGUCUGCGUUGUGGGCAUCCUCUUGCUGGCACUCAACAUCGGUCUCAUACUCUUCUUUGUGAGGAGGAGGAAAAAACGUAUGGAGAGAUUAGUUAUUGCUAAUGCAAUCCCAAACACUACAUCCGAUGUUAACAACAGUGACACGACAAGUAACACCAACACCAUGGAGCUGUACGGCCCAACUAAGGAGACCCAGCUGUAUCCCAUCCACCCCACGGACGAGUCUCGGAGCUACGGGACCAACGACAAGUACACAGAGGACGACUAUUCAGACGACUACAAGUCUUACGAGCAGGGUGCGUACCAGAUAAGGGUGCGCCAUUCCGGCGGCCUCAGUGACUGCGCAUGCCUUGGGGGCGGGGGCCAGUCUAGCUCCGCCUCUUCUACAUCAUGGAAAGAUAACUGCUGUUUUGAUCCGGGGGAGGAUGACUUGAAGCGCGUAUUUCUACCCCCACCGGAGUAUGGAGGGGUGACCUACUCACACAACAAGUUGGACUCGCCCACUUUUGACCACCGCCACCCAAUGGGCGCAGACCUGCCGUACGGCAACGGGAGCGACACAGACAGCUGCAGGAAGUCUCCCUGGCAGUAUGAGGCAGAUGCUUAUAAGCCAAGUGCACGGGGCAAGGGUACGUUUGAUAGUGACUACGCUGACAGCUACAGAGACCAACACAGCAGAUACGUGCCCAAUGGCCGCCUAGGAGGAGGCCUGCACACUCGACCCAAGAGUAUAACGGAGCUAUCAGAGCGGUCCAGCCGUCCGUCCAGUCGCGGUACAGGUCAGAAGACUCCGCCCCCUCCCCCAACCCGUUCAUCUAGCAAGGGGGCCGUGGAGCACGCCAUCCCACCCCUGCCUGCCCGCAACUACGAGUCCACCGAGGCUAUGCCCAGAUAUGUACCAGCACCAGGUUCUUCCAGCUACGGAGGUAGCAUGAAUGUGAUUGCUAACCCAAGCUACGACGGUCCGUCCGUGCCCACGUCUUCCCAUCAGCCCGCCGACCCGACAGACGAUAUGCGGGGCUACCUUGUAUGAUGACAAACUCGCAUACUGUCGUUAACUACUACGUAUUCAUUCCGGUUGAAAUUGGUUAAACAUGUUUCAGCAUUUACGGUUGUUUUUAGCUGAUGAUAUUUCUUUGUUACCGUAAAUGCAAAGGUUUUAUUAAUAUGUUUUUGCGGACUUGUAAGACAGCUGCAAAAUAAAACUAUUUUCAAAGAUAGAAGCAAAAGUUCUGCAUGAAAAAACACAAACAUGUCCUUUUGUGUUUGUGAAAGUGUUACUCUUAAAAGUGCUUCUGGUAUGAAAUACUGUUAUGUUGAAGGAGAAUAGGUCAUGUGUGUGACUGUUGAAUAUUGAUUGUGUGAUGAGUUGUUGGGAAUACACUUGUCAAAGAAAACAUGGUGCUGCCAAAUCUUGGCCUGACAUUUAUUGUUUUAUGACCAGUCGACCACAGUGGUUGGUCAGCAUGGAAGCGGAAAUUAACAGGAACAAUUAUGCCAGUACAUGUAUAAUCCCGUAGAAACAUGCAUUGAAAAUGUAUCUUGUAUGUUGAAACUUGGACAGAUUCAUUGUGUGAUGUCUUGGUGUGAUGUUGAUUGAUAAAUGUGUGUUAUAACGUGAUAAAAUUAAAGUGCAUUCCUGCAAAAGGUAAGAAUGUGUAUUGCAUGGAGAAAUGAAGGCAACAUAGAAUCACUUGCAACUACAGUGUACACAAUAUUAACACUUGAAAGUUGAGAAAUGAGGUUUCAAUUGUUUGCACCCUUUUUGUUACCAUGUUAAUCUGUUUAUAUUAUUUGUAAUUUGUUUCUGUUAUGUUGGAAUAUAGAAUCUCUGGUUCACGUCUCAAAUAAAAUCAAAAUUGAUAUCUCAUUGCAAUAUAUAGCUUGACAAAUUUUACCUGGCACGUAUGAACUCAAUUUUUACAAAUCAUAUUUAUGGAUUGUUUCACUCUUUUUCAUCCAUGUUAUGCACAAGUGUCAUGAAGCCACAACAAUAUACUAAGUGCAGUACUCUUCAAUCCAUUAAAAUCGAUUCCAUUACGAAACAUAAUUUAUUCUUCAAAAAUUUAAUAAGUUCAUGCAUAAAGGGCCGUGCCAGGAAAAAAUUGGAGUGCUAUUCCAUUAUCAAAUACUCGCAUUAAAUGUGUAUGAUACAAUUAGUAAACACUUUUUUAACAACUUUAUAUGGUUAAAAGGGACACAUUUUGGGCUACUUUCCAGAAAAAUGUUGAACUUUUAUGAGUGCCUAGAAAUGUACUGUAAAUACCAGCAAUAUUUUGGAUAUUAUAAUAUUAUUGACAUUUGCUUUUUCUUAAAUUAAAAAAUGAUUUUGGAUUAUACAUUUUAGUUUGUUAUAAUAAUGCCACAUGUUUUAUAUCUUGAUAAAUAUACUGUUCAUUUAGGUAAAUCAAAAUCAUAAAAAUAUCACUAUUAUUACUCGUGACUUAAACUUUGUUACAGGUUAUUGAAGCUUAUUGAAGCCAAAUGAUGUUAAACAUAUUUACCCAUUAACAAAGUAGUCAUACACCAGUUUCUGGUUUCAAUGUUGACAUACUAGUGGACCAAUGAUUUCACAUGCUUAUCAUAUCACAAUGGCAUUAACAUACUGUCAUAUUUUUGAAUCUUUAAGAAUUCUCUUACUUGAAGAUGUACAUUUAAAGGUUUAUUUGUUCACAAUAUUAGAUGUUAUAUACUUGCCAAACAUUCUUUAUGUAGCCAAACAUGUUACGGUAUGUUGUUUGUUUUAUUUUAUGUUGCAUUAUUUCAGAAUAUUGCUAUAUAGUUACUGUUGCCCAUUUAAAUAUGUCUAUCAAUUUGUGUUAUUUUAUAGCUGGCUUUGUUUUGUCAAAUCGUUGUUACAUAUCUGUCUGUGCUUGGCAUUGAUCAAGAAAAUGAAAAAAAAAGUUCUCAAUUGCAUUUCAUUAUGCCUGGUUACCAGUACUUCUAUAUUGUACGGGAUUGAUAUCUGUUAACUCUUUGCAUGCUGGGAAAUUUGUCGUCUGCUAAAAUGUCGUCUGCUGAAUUUCUAAAAUUAGCAUUUUCUUCGAUUUUUUUUUCCAAAGAAUACUAUCAGAAUAGCAAACAGUUUAGAUCCUGAUGAGACGCCACGUUCUGUGGCAUCUCAUCUGAAUCCAAACUGUUUGCAAAGGCCUUCAAAAUUCAGUUCUAGCACUGUAAGAGUUAAAGGUACUGUACUGUGUAAUAAAAGUCCUUUCAGUGUUUUGUUUUAACAAACUUGUAUAUCCAUUUAGCAGUUUAUUAAAAAAUAUUGCUUUGUACUCCCAUUUACAAACUAGCAGUAUUCACAUGCAAACAAAACAAAGGAUAGUUUAAUUAAUCAAUGUCUAGAUGUAUUGCAAUGUAUUCAAUUACAGAACUAAUAAGAGACUGCAACAUUUCAAUACUAAUAUAUUCUCUCAGGUUUUAUAGUUAAAUGGAGUCCAAAGUAAAAUUAAAUCAACUGAAAAUUUGUCCUGAGUUUUUAUUUUGAAGAAUUCAGAGUUUUUUGUAGACUUAAAAGUUCAUCUAAGAUGUUAUUUACAUAAGCUAUUAUACAAAUCCUGUUUCCAUAGUAAUCACCCACAUGCAUGGCCCUCUAUCACCUUGUAUAAAGUUAUCGGCCUCUCAUAGCUAGUGUAAAACAUGUAAACUCCAUAAUCACAAGAUGAAUAUGUGUACAAACAUAGCCUUCAUAGAAAUACCAAAUGCUGAACUUUCAUAUUCCUGUAAAUACAUGCAUGUUAUCAUGUUGAGUAUAAAUGCCAGCAUUAGUAAGAGUUUGAAUGAAUGAGAUAUACAUUUUCUUAGUUUGAGCCUCACUCUUUCAUCAUUUAUUUUUACUGAAUUCAUUGGACUGUUAUGGAUUUGUCAUUAUUAUGCUUCCGAUCAAAAACUUUCGAACAGAUUGUCCAAUUGGCCUGAUACCUAACAUGUGCAUCGGCCUUUGCGAGAAGAUGACCCCCAUUUUGAAAUUGGUUGCACUAGGUCAAAGGUCAAGGUUGCUGUCACAUUUAGUGAAAAUGGUUUCAGAUCAAUUAAUUGUCAACGGGGGGACCUUACUUGGCUUGCUUGAUACUAACAUUGUUCAUUAGUAUUGGAUAGUAGAUGACCACUAUUAAAAUUUGGGUCACUAGUUGAAAGGUCAAGGUCACUGUGACAAUAAGUGUGAAAAUUGUUUCCGAUUAAUAAAAAAAGGUCAGUUUUGUUGCACACAAAUACUGUGUCAAGGCCUUGUUUGGAAGGUGAAAGGGGACUGUCUCAGACAAUGUUGAUGAAGUAUUUGGAAAUUUGCAAAUUCCUCUUUGAUUGUAAAUUAUCAUUUUAAAAACAGGGGAUACAAUUUUGUAGUUUUGUUAAAUUUAAAGUAUGGAAAAUGGUAGCAUCAACAUUACAGAAUAAACCGCAUUCAGCUUUGUUUUCUUGUGUAUAAGCUACUUAUUGUUUUGAACUAUUUUGUGUAUUUUUUCUGUAUCAAGAGCGUCCAUGUUCUUUUCUACAUACUUAGGUAUGGGUAGUUAUGACAACAGAUCUUUUCUAGCUCUUUAUUUUGUUGGAUUGUUACAAGAGGUAUGUGAGAAAGCAGUAUGAAUGAACUGAGUUCUAGUCGAGUAUUUUUGGUAAACAGACCUUGUUGUGAUAAAUGUUUCUCAGAAAAUAUUAAAAUAUUUUUCAACAUA